AUGGCAGCAAGAACGCUGGAGGAGCUCUGCAGACCCCUGGAUGGCACCGGGGAGUGGGAGGUGCUGGGAGUGCACCAGCAGGUCCUGAAGGUGCUGUCUCACUACAGCUCAGACUGUCAGGUGACCAUGGUUGGACUCCGAGCGCUGGCUCUGCUGCUCAGAUCAGACACAAUUGCUUUGCUGGUGCUGGAUGAGGAAGAGGAUGUGUUCAGCCUAGUGGUGCAUGCGAUGAAGACUUUUCUUACCAGUGAAGAGGUCCAGCUCCAGGGUUGUGGAGUGUUGACCUCUCUGACUGACUGCUCUGGUGCAGUGGACCUGCUCUGCCAGCAGGGGGCGAUAGACACGGUGCUGCACACACUGCACAUGUUCCCGACAGAGAGAGAGAUACACUACUGUGGUUUGAGCCUGCUCAGCCACCUCGUGUCGAAGAGGAAACUCUCGAGGAUGAUCGUUCCUGUCCUGGCCUCUGUUGUCGUUGCCUCCCUCCGUCAGUACGGACAAGACCCUGAGAUGCUGCUGAAGUGUUUUCAGGUGGCACUGAGGAUGCUGGAUGCCUGCUCAGCGGCUGCAGCUGAGCUGCUGACGAAAGACUUUGACAGACAGAUCUUCCAGCUCCUUAGAAAGGAGAGCGACCCGAGCACAAGUCCACUUGGGAAACUGGCGUGCUGGGCCAUGUCUAAGAUGUUGUGCGACUCAGAUGUUCACCACAAAAUGUUGGAAAAAGCCUGCAUGGACGGAGACAUGACAAUGGCAGGGUGCCUGAUCGAACUGUGCUCCGACGUCACCAGAAAGACAAAGAACGAGUCUCUCAUUUAUCAGAUGCGUGAGAAAGGUGGACCCUUGGAGCUGGUGGAGCUCCUGCUGAGCCGAGGCGUUCACGAGCAGCACCUCCGCAGGGCCCUGGCUGUGAGUGUGAAGAGGGGCGAUGGACCGACCGUCAUCCUGCUGCUCAGUCGACUGGGUUUGGACCUGAACAACAGCGCUCUCUGCCUGGGGGGCUUUAGACUGGGCAGGCUGGAUGCCUCUUGGCUGAGCCCCCUGCUGGCUGAGCAAGGCAGAAUUCCUAGUCUAAAUUACAACAGUAAAGGGAUCAGUUUGGCGAAGUACGUACAGUCUUUCUGGAGGUCAAAGAGCAUCAGCGGUUUUUCCAGACUGAUGUCUGACCAGUGUCUGACGUCUGGCUACAUUUCUGACGAGAGCGAUGACUCCAGCUUUAAUUCUUUCUCUGCAGAUGACAGCUUGUUUAUCAAUGACGACAUGGAUGAGAGUGAUGGAAGUGAUUCAUUUUCAGGCAUUCUCUCUCCAAACUUUUGUAACGAUGCAUCAGAGGAUUUUCUGAGGUGGGAGUCCCUCAAACGGAAACAGGCUCAUCACAGACACACCAGCGCAGAGAGUGGUCCAGCUGCAAAUGAAAAUGGUGAGCUUAGUCACAGAAGAUACGGAAGGAGCGUUUCAACUCCUAAAGCGUUGGGGUUUGGUGAGAACUCUGCCGGUCUGCCUAAAGAAAAGGAACGAAUCCGCCUGCUGGACCUGUCAGGGAACGAACUGGACUCUCUGCACUGCUUAAUGGACGAUGCUUUUGUCCAGCAGCAGCUUUGGUAUCUCCUACGCUUGGAUCUGAGCCACAACAGUCUGUUGGAGUUUCCCUCAGCUGUCUGCCAAAGUUUACAAAACCUGACUCGACUGGACCUGCAGAACAACCAGCUUCAGUCGCUGUCCGAGAAGCUGCUGUCUCUGCCCUCGUUGAGCACACUAAAUGUUUCUCGUAACUGCCUCGGUCCCGUGUUGACCUUUGACCUUGCUAUUACCUGCACGUCUCUGAAGCAACUCAACCUUUCAUACAACGAAAUCACCACGUUCCCCCAUGAGCUGGGCUUGACCAUGGAGCAAUUGGAAGAGCUGAUUAUGGAAGGUAACUGUAUGACUGAACUCUGCACAACUGCAUGUCUGCCUGAGCUCAAGCUGCUGGACGUGAGCAAAAACAACAUGGAGAAUAUUUCUCCUGACUUCCUGACCGGCUUCCCCAAACUGGAAACUCUCAACACCUCCAUGAACAAAAUCUGUUUCCUGUCUAAGUUGCCAGCCAAGCUCACAACUCUGAAAUUAGCCAACAACAGCUUCACUCACAUUCCCGAGGACAUACUUGAUCUCCCAAACUUACAAUCAGUGGACAUGAGGACCAACAACAUUUCUGUUCUGCCUGGCCCGGGGUCCUGGAAGUCCAGUAACAUUAGGGAGCUGAUGUUUAGUCACAACUGCAUCAAAGAUCUGGAUCUGAGUGAAGCAAUCGAAACGUGGGCUAGACUGGAGAAACUCCAUCUGAGUGGCAACAAGUUAACUGAGAUCCCCCCACAAAUUGGCUUGUUGGAAGGCCUAACCUCUCUGGAUGUGAGUCAUAACUCAAGCCUGCGAUCCUUCCCAGAUGAAAUGGGAAAACUGAGCAGGUUGUGGGACCUGCCGCUGGACGGCCUUCAACUGGAGCUGGACCUCAAACUCAUCGGCAACAAGACUAAAGACAUAGUCAGGUUCCUACAGCAGCGGUUGAAAAAAGCCGUGCCCUACUACCGCAUGAAGCUCAUUGUGUUGGGGAACGCCGGCAGUGGGAAGACCACCCUGAUCAGGCAGCUGAUGAAGCUGAAGCGAUCUCAGCCGAACUCCAAGGAGAGCGUUGUGGGUGUUGAGGUCUUCGACUGGACCAUCAGGGAAAGAGACAGGAAGAAAAUGGUGCUUAAUGUCUGGGACUUUUCAGGUGAAGAGGACUUCAGCGGCUUCCACUCGCACUUUCUGACAUCUAGAGCUGUCUACUUGGUGGUGUACAACAUCAGCAAAGGAGCCAGUCAGGUGGAUGCUCUCAAACCAUGGCUCUUCAACAUCAAAGCAGUAGCUCCCAUGUCCCCGGUCGUCCUCGUGGGAACUCACACAGAUGUGAGCGAGGAGGUGCAGCUCCAAGCCUGCCUGAGCAAAAUUCGACAGGAGCUUCUGAACCAUCAGGGCUUCCCGACCGUCAAAGAUCAUCACAUGGGCACUUUCUGUGAGGACUCGGAGUCCAUCGUCAAACUCCGCAAAGCCAUCAUCAGGGAGGUCACCGGCUUCAAGAUCCAAGGCCAGCAGGUCAUGGGUCAGCUGGUGCCAGACAGCUAUGUGGAGCUGGAGCGUAGUGUCCUUCGAGAGAGGACCAAGGUCUCCCCCGAGUUCCCUGUCCUCUGGCGCAGCGAACUUCUGCAGAUCAUCCAGGAGAGUCAGCUGCAGCUGGAGGAAACUGAACUGCCUCACGCCAUCCAUUUCCUCAGGGAAGUUGGGAUUUUGCUACACUUUGACGAUCCUGCACUUCAGCUUCAAGAAGUCUAUUUUAUUGACCCACCGUGGCUCUGCAAUGUCCUCUCUCAAAAACUGGCGUUAAAGAGCUCUGUCAUCUGGGAACAAUCCAAAGGAGUUGUGCAGCGUUCUGUCGUGGAAAGGUUUCUGUGUGAGACCAAAUGUUUCCCAAAGAGCCACCUGACACAGUUCUUCAAACUUCUGGAGAAGUUUCAGAUCGCUCUUCCCUUCGGCGAGGACCAGCUUCUCGUACCCAGCAGCUUGUCCGAACACAGACCAGCAAUACAGCUGCCCCACUGUGAGAACUCGGAGGUGAUUGUGCGGCUGUACGAGAUGCCGUACUUCCCCAUGGAUUUCUGGUCUCGGUUGAUCAGCCGCCUGAUGGAGGUCUCGUCUUAUUUGCUAUGCGGAAGAGAGAAAGUGCUUCGACCAAAGCGAAUCUACUGGAAGAGAGGUGUUUACCUAAACUGGUCAUCGGAAGCUUACUGUUUGGUGGAGGCUUCUUCUGAGAAGCAAAGCCCCUCCUGCUUUGUCAGGAUAACUGUGCCCUGCUCCAGAAAAGGCUGUGUGUUACUGGGUCAGGUGGUGGACCACAUCGAUUCAAUUCUGGAGGAAUGGUUUCCGGGUCUUCUCAACACCGACAUCCACGGUAACGGAGAAGCUCUGCUGAAGAAGUGGGCUCUGUACAGCUUUGACGACAGACAAGAGUGGAGCAAGAUCCUACUGGAGGACCUCUUCAAAUAUUCUGAUAAUGAUUUUUUGCUGGUGAACCCAGAAGACCCCCGCUACAAAACACCUAUCUCACAGAUUGCCCCAGAUUUGAUUCUGAGUGACCAGCCUGCAGAAACUAUACUAGACCGGGAGGAGCUGGAAGUAGACCUGACCAACGAGAACAGACUAGGAAUCGGUGGUUUUGGGACAGUUUAUCGAGGAGUUUAUAAAAACGAGGAAGCAGCUGUGAAGAUAUUCAGCAGACACACAUCUGAGCUGUACAUCCACAGGCUCCUCAGACAGGAGUUGGUGGUGCUGGGUCGUCUCCGACACCCCAGCCUGGUGGGCCUGCUGGCAGCCGGCUCAGCUCCACAGGUCCUGGUGAUGGAGCUGGCUCUCAGAGGUUCUCUGGAUUCCCUCUUUCUAUACAAAAAUGGUAACCUCAACCAAAAGCUUCAGCACAGGAUUGCCCUGCACGUGGCUGAUGGACUCAGGUACCUUCACUCAGCUAUGAUCAUCUAUCGAGACCUGAAGCCUCACAACGUUCUCCUGUUCAACCUGAAGACCGACUCAGAGAUGAUCGCUAAAAUCGCCGACUAUGGGAUCGCUCAGUACUGCUGCAGCAUGGGAGUGAGGAGCUCAGAGGGCACACCAGGUUUCCGAGCGCCAGAGGUCGCCCGAGGUAACGUGAUCUACAACCAACAGGCCGACGUGUUCUCAUUCGGCCUGCUGCUGUACGACCUGCUGACAUGUGGCGAGCGCAUUUCAGAUGGCAUGAGGUUCCCCAGCGAGUUUGAUGAAAUUGCCGUGCAGAGAAAGCUGCCAGAUGCAGUAAAGUACUACGGAUGUUCGCCGUGGCCAAGUUUUCAGGCUCUGAUUAAGGACUGUCUGAUGGAAAACCCCCAAGAUCGACCCACUUCUGAUCAGGUGUUUGACAGGCUGAAUUCAGGGGAAAUGCUGUGUCUGAUGAGGGAGCUGGAGGUUCCCCAGGUGUUCAGUGCUCAGUGCAUGAGCUCUGGCCUCACCUCAUCCGGCCGCACAGCCUGGAUGGGUGGGGGCAGCAGCUCCAAGAAGCAGGGCUUCAUCACUGCUGUGGACCUGGACACCGGCACGGUGACCACACAGGAGGUGGACACCAGCCCCGUCCUGUGCCUGGUGACAGUCCAGAUCCCAAACGAGGCUUGUGACUGGUUGGCGGCAGGCACGCAGUCCGGCUCGUUACUGCUCAUCAACACCCAGAACGAGUCCACCUGGCACCACCUGCAGAGCGUCACAGACGCCGUCACCUCGCUGUAUUUCCACGUGCAUCCUAGUCGCACCCAAAGAAGGAACUAUUUGCUGGUGGGAGCAGCAGAUGGAACCCUUAGUGUUUAUGAAGAUACAACACUCAUGCAGGAGGACAGCCCGCCAGUUAAAACUCUCAUCGUGGGGAACGUCAACACUCCGCUCGUGUGCUUGGGUCGGUCGGUGCACGCUCUGGACUGCAAGUCUGUGUGGGCCGGAUGUGGAACUAAAAUCAUGUCCUUCUCUGUUCGCUACGACGUCAGCAAGUCCAUCGACACCAGAGCAAACCUCGCCUUCCAGCAGCAGCACUCUGUGAGUGGUGAGGCGUGCGUGUCUCAAAUGGUUGUAGAUAAAUAUGUGUAUUUAAGCAAAGCUGGGGCAACAACUGUUGAAGUCUGGGACAAGAAAAGCGAGAGGAUGGUGGACUGCAUCGACUGCGCUCAGAUCAUUAGGUACACGCUCACAGGACACUUGAACCUGCCCUGCAGCUCGGCGCUGCCCUCUGAGGCGCCCCCCUCCUGGGCCACAGUGAAGGGCCUGCUGGUGCAGAGCUCUGCAGCUCUCUGGAUCGGCACUAGAGGGGGUCACCUGCUGCUGCUGGAGCUCUCUAAACACCAGACGCUGCUGGUCAUGGCGCCUCUGUGUGACUCUAUCCGCUCCAUCACGUCUGCGUUAACGCAGACACGGAACUGGAAGAGCGAAGUGCUGGUUCUGGGCCGAAGACUCCCACGAGACCGGAAUCGUAAUGACGAGGAGUCGGUGCUGAUGUUGUGGAACAGCAUGCUGCCGAACGAGGUCAAAGACCUGAAGAAGCACUGUGAGAAGAGAGAGCGGAUCGCAGCCAAGAUGAUAGAGCAGCUCUACCACGCCUGAGCGCACAGUCAACCAAAAGAGGAGGAGUCUUCGGUCACACUUUUAUUUUGGUGUCUGAAUUUUUUGCACU